AUGACCAACUGCAUUCUUUCCAUCUUUGGAAUCUUUGGAAACACGCUGACCAUUAUGGUGUUUGUCCGUGACAAAAAGCUGUUGAAAAAGUCCCACAAUGUUUUCAUUCUUUGCCUUGCCAUAGCAGAUGUGCUGACCUCCAUCCUCGUGCUCACAAGCCGGGGCUUUGGCCUUGGUGACCUCUAUCCUCGUCCAACUAACAUAGUUCUAGGUGAGAUCUUCUGCCGUUUUUUCUGGAGCCGUGUUUUUAUCUUUCAGCUCGUGUUUUUCUCCGUUUACAUCACAUUGCUGUUAGCAAUAGAGCGGUGGGUUGCUGUUGUAAAGCCUUCUAAAUAUCAAAUGGCCUUCAAGGGAAAGAGACUUACUGGAUACAUCGUGUUCUGUUGGAUCUGGUCAUUUAUUCUCAAUUGGACGGGGAUAGCUGAUGCCAACUUUGAACCAAAUAAUUCACCCUCCAAAGACGUCUGCGUAUUCAGAUUCGUUUUGUCAGGCUCUUUCUCCCGCAAAUUCCAACUUGUAUUCAAUAUCUUCUUCAAGAUGUUCCUUCCUUGCCUUUCCAUGAUUGGAUUGUACGUCCACAUGAUCGUGACGACGAAUAACUCCCCAGUUGCGUCUGCGGAGAGCAAGGCCAAACUACGAGGAAAGAUGACAAAAAUGGUCGGUAUUAUGGCCUGUAAUUUACUCAUAACUUUCUCCCCAAAUCAAUUUUUUUAUACCCUUGCAGUUGUGGGAAAAGCACAACUAGAUACUCCACUCCACCAUUUCACAGCUUUUCUCCUCUUCACUACCAUCUGCGUUAAUCCACUUAUUUAUGGAAUAAGCAACGCCAAUUAUCGCCAGCGCUACAAGAAGCUUUUGUUUCGCGCAUGUUUCAAACGGUUCUCGGAGGACGCCAAUAUCCCUCUGAGGUUUGUGAGAGUUGGACCUGCAAGAUCAGAACCACCUGCCACGAAUGUAGAGAAUAUUACUGACAGUCAAACUUAAUUGCUGCAUGGUUAUUUAAAAGAAUGUGUAUAUUCCCAACCAGUGAAUGGUUCAUCCUCGGAGACCCAGGGGCAGUCAGUCGGGCCGGGAGAAAAGGGGCGACGAAAGUUCUCAAGCACGGGCGGAAGAGCCCCUGAGUACCGACUCUCACAGGACCAUUUCCAAACGGUCAAGCGAAUGCUGGCUCCUGAUUGGGCACAAAAAAUGCUUUGUAUUAUUGUGCCCAAUCGGCAAACACCAUCUCCUGAGUUCUUUAUGCGAGUUCGCACAUGACGGCAAUUGACUCGAUCACAGCUUGUCUGGCUCAUGCACCGAAGAAAUGCACGCAGUCAGGAAACUUUCAGUUUGAUAUAAACUAUCCAUUUCAAAAUACUGUCUAUCCGAAAACUAAAGACGCUUUUCCGAAAAUACAAGCUUGAGCUUACAACAGGUAUUCACGCUUGCAUCGAUCACGUCUUGGUAAAUAUUAGGAAGUUCAAGAUACCACGACUACUGACAGCCACGAAAACGUCGCAUGAAAAGUGAAUUCACAUUUUUUAAGUCUCUAUCGUGAUUAUUCCAACUCGCUUACUUUGUUAAAUAAAAGCGAACUCUUCUGGAGCUGAAUUUCUAAAGAGAAAGAAAAUAGGUGGUUUUCACGUUACGUCAUCGCCGCCAUGCUGGUGGAUGGUAAACAAAAGAUCGCUCGUUAGCCCGCUUUGUUUGUCCACCAGCAUUUGUUCAUUUCACCAUUGUUAUUUGUGUCUCCCGAGAUUGCAUGAAAACCAUCUAUUUUGUCACUCAUUGCUUGUUUACGUCCUUCACAAAACGUAAAACUAGGCUUUUUCACGUGGUAGUCCUCCAGUGACGGCAAAGAAAUGUACAACAAAGCGUGAUGCACGUGCAAAGUUGUCGUUUUGCCUUGUCAGUCAAGCUAUUGCUUUUUUUGACUUCUUGUCCGGCGCCGUCGCAUCUUAAACUUCCUAUUAUUUUAAUACGAUACAUUGUGAUCCGUCAGAAAAAUAAUUUUCUCAGUGCAAAUUAAAUUGCUCCUGCUGAUAGCAUCCGAAACGUUUUUCGGCUCAUCGGUAGUUCCUUUGUCUGGUUAGGAAAGCUUGGUGAACGAACCGGGCAACUGUGGCGAGAUAAUAGCGGUAGUGUACGAACUCACGAAAAUAACUCAGGAGAAACUGUUCGCCGAUUGGACGCAAUAAUACAAAGCAUUUUUUGUGCCCAAUCAGGAGCCAGCAUUCCCUUGACCGUUUGGAAAUGGUCCUGUGAGAGUCGGUACCCAGGGGCUCUUCCGCCCGUGCUUGAAAACUUUCGUCACGCCCAUUCUCCAGGCCCAGCUGACUGCCCUUGAGUCUCCGAGGAUGGUGAAUGGUUAAGUAAAGCCAAAGUAGAAUAUAUAUUGGAAUAUAUUGGAAUAUAUUGAAAUAUAUUGAAGACUCAAACGUCAAGAUCACGUGUAAAUAGCAUUUAAGGCAGUCAUUUAAACAUUGUCAGAAUUCCUGUAAAUAACAAGUAAAUCAAAGAAGAGAGAGACUUUGUUGACCAUGUAAAUACUAAGGAAAUCGAAAUCGGGCAACUAAUUUUACCUUGUAAUACAAUUUUAAAUUGAAUAGGGGAGAUUGGUUUGACCCUGGAGGAGAAUGAGAAAAUCUAUUUGCCCCUGUAUAAACCCUUUAAAUUGAAAUAGGGGACUAAUUUGACUCUGACCAUAAAUUCCCUGUAAAUUGAACAAAGGACACCGUGAAACCAUGUAAAUAUCACCGCCGUGUACAUCGAUAAUGUAAAUGGAUAAACAAAGCUAACUGAUUUAUGUAAACAGUAUGUCGUCACUUGUUGCUUGUGAAAGUUGUGACGUAGUAUAUAGAGUAUUCUCAUGAUUAUAAUUACGGACUUCAAAAUCACUUGCUUUAUAGAAUAAAUACUACUACUGUAGAGAAUCAAUAUUGACAUUGUAAUCUUCAUCCACCUUCUAGUCUACAGAUAAUAAACUGUAAUGUAAGGAAUAUGCAAACAAGUCUAUGAACUUGUUAUUUUCUUUUCCUUGAGGAUACAAACUGUUGUCAAAAGACAUCUGGCAUCCACAAGGGGGACGCAAGAGUCAUGAUGAACAUCAAUUGUCUCACUAGAAGGUUCAUAUAAUAGGAUAUAACAUUAUGCCUUAUUGUCUUCUACCAUUUAUCCGUGGAAAGAAAUUUAUCCGUUAGAUAGCACUACCCGACGCUUGAACAACCGGGGUGAAAUGGGUAUGGGUUGUGGCGGACACCAUUGUUACCUCUAAAAUCUUGUCACUCUGCCCAGAAAGACUAAGCGAUGUCUCCAUUGUACUUCUCAUAAUUGUCCUACGUCAGUUCCUUUGAUAAACCCCUUAAUCCGGGUGUAGAAAGUGGGUCCAGUCCUUUUCCUCCGAUCGCAUGUGUGACUACAUCGAUGACGGGUGGUUUGGGAUUGCAAAAACAACAACAAGUAGGUUGAGUAUGAUCGUCAGGGUGAACGAAGUCCUGAAUAGGACUGUGGUUAUUGACAGUGACUGACGUUUCGACAACCUGUGCGGUAGUUAUCUUCAGAGUCAAAGUGAGUUGUAUCACGUCAGCUGAUGGUAUUAAACUCUGGUUAUUGACCAGAUUGGUCAACUAAGUCGCGAUGUUAUUGUUCGUCUGUCAGUAAUAAUAAUAAUCAUAAUGAUAAUGAUGAUGAUAAUAAUAAUAAUAACAAUAAUGAUUUCAUCAUUUUACCACAACAUAUCCUCUCUCAACCAAGCACGCACAUCAAGAAUGCAGUUCUCCAGUGCAGUCAUGGUUUUUUGAGUUCGCUCAAGCUAUCAGAUGGUCUGAAUGACAUAUAAAACUGGGUGUCGUCGGCAUAAGCAUGCGCAGAAAGGAACGUAGGAUCUCAAACAGCUUGCUAGCUUGCUUAAAUAACAACGGGCCUAAGCAUGAACUCUGUGGGACAACGCAUUUUAAAACAAAUGAAACCGGGAAAGCGCAUUAUCACGUAAGCCCAACAUCGACUACAACCUUCGCAGCGGGAUGCCUUGAUCGACGUUAUCGAAGGCGGCGCUCAGAUCCAAUGAUAUAAGAAGUGUCAGGUGACCCUUAUUCAUGUUCAUGAGUAAAUCGUUCUUCACCUUAAUUAAAACAGUUUCAGUGCCAUGAUUUUGUCAGUAAGCACUUAUUAUCCACCAUCUGACAUUGGAUCUGGGUAGCCACUGCCGUUUCCGUAAGUUUAGAUAUUAACUGUAGAUUACGCACCGGACGAAAGUUCUUAUUAAUGAUUUGGAGACCGUGUUUCUUGAGUAGAGGGUGUGCUAAAGCACACUUACGAUGUUGUACGUUUAAACACUUAUGAGUACGUCUUGGUACAUUAGUUAACAGUAAUUGUCGGGGUGAAGCAUACUGUAAUAACUAACUGUCAUAAAUUAACAAAAGAUUGAGAAGAAAUUAAAAAUUUUGUACAGUUAAACACUUGUGGGUACGUCUUGAGUUUAUUACAUACACUGUACGUUAGUUACAAGUAAUUGUCGAGGUGUGAAGGACACUGUGAUGACUUAAAGCGAUAAAUUGACAAAAGAUUGAAAAAAAAUUACAAAUUGAAAAAUUGACAUUGAAAUUGAAAUUAAAGAUUGAAAAGAAAUUAAAAAUUUUGUGGGUACGUCUUGAGUUUGUUACAUACACUGUACGAUAAUUAACAGUAAUUGUAGGGGUGUGAAGGAUGCUGUGAUGACUAAAUGUCAUAAAUUAACAAAAGAUUGAAAAGACACUUAACAUUUUGUACGUUUAAACACUUGUGGGUACGUCUUACGUUUAUUACCUACAAUGUACAUUAGUUGAUAUCAAUUCCGGCGGUUGAAAGGAUACUGCAAUCACCAAAUGGCACAAUACAAAAGAUUGAAAAGACACUAAAUAUUUUGCACGUUUAAACACUUGUAAGUACGUCCUGAGUUUAUUAGGUACAUUGUACAUUAGUUGAUAUCAAUCGCAGGGGUUAUGAAAGAUACUGCAAUCACUAAAUGACACAGUACAAGAAAUUGAAGACACUAACAGUAAUGUAAAUUAAAACACUUGAACAUGUCUGAAGGUUAUUAAGUACAGAACAUUGCUUAACAUUAAUUGCCAGGGUGGGAAGGUUGGUCCAGUCACAAAAUAACACAAAAUAAAAGAAAGAAAAGACACUAACAAUUAUGAAAACAAUAAAAACAAAGCAAAAAAGUUUUCUUUACGCUUAAAAAAAAGGGCAGGUGGAGGGUAGGAGACUUUUAUUACAUAAGGUCUUGGAAGUGAGGAAGUCAUUCGUGCGCUUUGAUGUUAAGGUAAGAAUUCAACUGAUGACUGUUUUUUUCACUGUUUCGUUUGUUUUAGGUUGUUUUUUCCUUUAUCUUUUAUCACUUUUUUCUGAAUCUAUCGGCGAACUUUUUUUUUUUCUUUACCUUUUAACGCUUUUUUCUGAAUCGCCCUGCCACAAAUUAAAUGAGAUCGAUUAGAAGAGCUUGGCUUCAAAUUUAAAGGGAGGUUCUUUCAACAGUAAAGAUAGGAAAUAUCAGGGUUUUUUUUUCAAAAUAAGUUAAAAAAAAAAAACUAUUUUCCUUAUGGCUUGGGUGAAACUGGAAGUAGCGCAGGGCAUUGUGUCGCUCCAACCUAAUUCUGAUGCACGUUAUUUUCAAAAAGUUCAUUGAUUUUACAGGGAUUUUAUGUUAUCGCUUGUCCAGUUCAAACUCAUAUGAGAGAGGCUCAUCAUAUGUGGCUCAUCGUAUUUUUGACCAAAAAGCGAAAUAACCCUCGUGAUUCUGCUCAUAUAGCUGAACUAUAGGGGCAGGUCUAAAGAUUUUUUGCGUCUGAAGAUACUUCAGAUAAAGAACAAUAGGUAUCAAUUCUUUUAAAAUGUCUUUCUAACGACGAACUAUUUAAGAAAAAACUUUGAAAGGAUUUUAAAGUGGUUGACAAUAAGGAAAAAAAAGAGAAAUUACUGUUCACGAAAGAAGUUUUCACCGGGAAAAGUUUCUAAUAAUAUUAAUAAAAUUUUUAGUAAUUAUAAUAAUAUUAAUGAUAUGAUAUUAUUUUUAUCUGAACACUUUUUCAUAACUUCAAAAAUUUCGUGUCCUAGUUCAACUUUGAAAGGGAAAGUGUACACUCUAACACGAAAAAUUAUAUUUUUUUCUAUUUUCUUACAAAGAAACUCAUUAUCACAGAAACGUUUAAUAUUUGGCCUACUUUUUUUGCAUCCGGAACCGGUGCCCGCCUUUGUAUGUAACACAAAACAAGUGGCUACAUCUUGAGUUAUCACGUACUGCAUAUCACUUAAAAUUAAUUUUAUGUACAGGAAGGGCCACUCACCAAAUGACAAAGUAUACAAACUGAGAGGACACUAAACUACAAGGGGGGAAACAUCAGCAAAGUGAUCCUUAUGAAGAAAACAAAAAAAGAAAAGAUAAAAAAUGCCAAAGGAAAAGAAAAAUAAAUAAAGACUUUUGGUGUUUUAUCAACUAUUGCUUAUUAAGUACGGAUCAAUACUACCUUUAACUUAUGAUUGGCAUAACAAAAGCAGUUACUAGUAAAAUGAUAUAAAAAGUAAGGGAUCAUCAUAGGUUUCGGGGAAACUGCCGGCCUACCCCUCCCUUAAGAUAACAUUUUCCCCUAAUUUAAAUAUACAAUGAUCCAAAGUAAGCAGGUGGAUCCUGAUCGACCAAGUGAGUGUAAUCCUGAAUAUGACUGUUGUUGACAAGUACAGUGAGUGAUGAGACUGACGUUAGUUGAAAGAGAUCCAGACCCAAUCUGAUAUUCGCUUCCUGCUCUCUAACACAAGUACAAUUACUUCGAUUCAAUGUCUGUUGACUGGUUAAAGAUUGGCAAAUGAGUCCACUUUUUAAAAUUUGCUUAGUUGCGCCAUUUUUAAGCAGAGGUGCAGUAAUACAUAACCAAAAAUGAACGCUAAGAAAAACGAACGACGUUUCGGAGCCAUUACGUCGCCAUUAUCGCAACGACGUUACACACGGACAACAGGAACUAGGAACAUUAACACUUUUUUUCAACACGAAGAAAGUCCUAUGUGUACAUCCUCAGCUCUGACACUCAAGCUACGACUUGACAACCGCGAGGUCCCUAAAACCAACUUACAGAUGCGCAAUACAAUAGACCUAAUUAAAUUAUUCUCUCAUGACAGCCAUUAUCAAGUUCAAAAUGAUUUUUGCUUCUGAAAACGGCGAGUAUUAUUUCUGUCAGUUUACUUUGGCAGCACUUCACAUACGCUAAACUGAUCUUGCAGAAAAACUAGAAAGGUGGUGCAGUAUUCUUAUAAUGGUUUCUGGGUCAUAAGAUUACAAAACAGACUUCUUGAUGGAAUGUACUACAGGAAAUCAACGACGUAAUAGACAUCACAUUAUUUUUACAAAUUUCACAAUUAAAUAUUAUAAACUGAAUUCGAGACAUUAGAUAUAUCACAAUCCAUUUUUUUAAACAAGAAUAUGAAUUAAUUUACGGAGUGUUUUAUAUGUUAGUUUCGUCAUGUUGUUAACCGAAAGCAGGGCAUAUGUUUUUUUUCGACGCCUCAACUGAAUUUCCCGCAAAAGUCGUCUAAGCAACGAGCACAGAAAUUCCAUACUGAUGACGUAACACUGUCCAGAUCUAAUAUGGACUUCUGAUUGGUCGUGCCGCAAUGACGUCCGUAUGGAAUUUCUGCGCUCUCUCCAUAAGGUGACGUUACACGGGACGAUUCGCAACGACGAUUUUUAACGCAACACAGCGUCACAACAUUGGAACAAUGUUAAUACUAUUCGAAACAAUGUCACAGCAAUGUUGCAACGCCUUGUUGCGCUGAAAAUCGUCAUUACGUCAUUUCGAGGGCAUACCAUUGAUGGAGACACGAAACGUUGGCUUUUUCACAGGCUAACUUAUCCUAACAUCAAUACAGAGAGUUACAGUAACAUUUCUUUUAUCGUCUGUUCACCAGACACAAUAACGUCACCUACACUUCACUGAUCAAAGUAGACAAUGGAAGGCGGACUUACCACAUCUCAGAUUACCAACUGCACUCUUUCCAUCUUUGGAAUCUUUGGCAACACGCUGACCAUUCUAGUGUUUGCCCGUGACAAAAAGCUGUUGAAAAAGUCCCACAACGUUUUUAUCCUUUGCCUUGCCAUAGCAGAUGUGCUAACCUCCAUUCUCCUGCUCACAAGCCCGGUCAUGGGGCUUGGUGACUUUAUUCCUCGUCCAACCAAUAGAGUUCUGGGUGAGAUCUUCUGUCGAGUUUUCUGGAGCCGAGUGUUUAUCUUUCAGCUCGUGUUUUUUUCCGUAUACAUCACAUUGUUGUUAACAAUAGAGCGGUGGGUUGCGGUCUUAAAGCCUUCUAAAUAUCACAUGGCCUUCAAGGGAAAGCGAGUUGCUGGAUACAUCAUGAUCUGUUGGAUCUGGUCGUUCAUUCUCAAUGGGACGGGAUUACUUGAUGCGAACUAUGAACCAAAUUCUUCCUCCAAUGACAUCUGCGUAUUCAGAUUCAUUUCGUCAGGCUCUUUUUUCCGCACAUCCAAAUCUGUAUUCAUUAUGUUCUUCAAGAUGUUCUUUCCGUCUCUUUCUAUGAUUGGACUCUACGUACAUAUGAUCGUGGCCACGAAUAACUCCCCAGUUGCAUCAGCCGCGAGCAAGGCCAAACUACGAGGAAAGAUGACAAGAAUGGUCGGUAUUAUGACCUUUAUUUUACUCGUGUGUUUCUCUCCAAACCAAUUUUUUUAUACCUUUGUGGUUGCGGGGAAAGAACAGGUAGAUUCUCUACUCCACCAUUUAACAGCAUUUCUCCUCUUCACCACCAUCUGCGUUAAUCCAUUCAUUUAUGGAAUCAGCAACUCUAAUUAUCGCCAGCGCUACAAGAAGCUUCUAUUUUCCGUAUGUUUCAAACGG